AUGACGGCGACACUUCUCUCCCUCGGAUGCCGCCACGGCCUCCUACUCGUCUUCCUUCCGGGGAUUCUCGAGGUCCUUGUGUGGGACCCCGUCACCGGCGACCGGCACAGGGUGGCCGUUCCCCCGGUGGUUGCGGAACGUGCGGCGAAGAUUGGGGUCGGCGGGGCGGUGUAUCGCCCUCCCGGAGAUGUCCAGCAUUUCCAGGUGGUCUUGGCGGUGACAGACGACCACGGCGCACAACCUAGACGAGCGCUCGCCUGUGGUUACUCGUCAAAGACCGGCGUAUGGGGAAGUCUCAUCUCGACACCGCUCCCAUACCAGGGUCAUGGAUCCCAGUUUUCCGCCAUCGUUUGUGCCGAGGAUGCGGUGCUGGCUGGAGAUUCCCUCUACUGGCCGCUUGCCGGGAAAUUGAAUGGAAUUCUCGAGUUUGAUCUGGAGAAGCAGAGGCUGGCUGUGAUACGGGUGCCAGUGGAUAUGUGGGGCAAGCGGGAGCGGAAUGGCUUCAAGCUUGUGCGGGCAGAGGGUGGUGUGCUAGGUUUCCUCUUCAUAUCGCACUCAGACUGCUGCGCCGCCCAGUUAUGGAAGAGGAUAACUGGUUGUGACGGUGUUGCUUCAUGGGUGCUUGCAAGAACUAUUCAGCUGGACAAGCUACUUUCCCUGAAACCUGAGGAGAAAGGGGGCAUAGAGAUGGUAGGGUUUGCUCAAGACAAUUAUGUGUUGUUGUUGCGGACAGUUAUCGGCCUCUUCAUGAUCCAUCUUGAGUCACUGAAGUUCAAGAAGCUUUCCAACACUACGACCGUGUCUCGCUAUUUUCCAUUCGAAAGUGUCUACACUGCAGUAACAGGCAUUGGUGGUAGACAUGAUGCAUCUGAUGUUAUGCACAAUAAAUAAGGCGAUUGUCUGGUUAAAUACUCUGUUCUGAUGUACUGGCAGAGCAGGUUACAUUCUGGUGACUGAAAUGAAGGAAUGGGUUGUUCGCUGUAGUGCCUACUAUUUUGUAUGUCCGACGCGCAUAUUGGCUCUCUAUCUAGCAUGCACCGGUCAGCUGUGAAGUCCAUUUGUAGGAAUCAAUUGCUUAAUUUGACAAUUUCUAUGCUCUUCAUGAAGCUUCGUUUAAUUAGUACUCUGUACUUCACUUGUCGUUCCUUUAGUUUGCUGCUUUUCAAGCAAGCUCACCUAUGAAUUGUCUGCUUGCAUUUGGUGUGUGCGCAAGUUGGUUGCGUUUGGUUAUCUCGUGCCUUGUAUAUUGCUCGUGUUCCACAAUGUCGCAUUGCGCGUGCGUGUGUGGAAUUUCCAUCUGGUUCCGAACUCGGUAUUUUGAAACAUGGUUCUGAGUAAUGAAUGUUGAAUCGCA